UGCGGGGCUGAAGAGGAGAAUGGUGUUGAUCAUGGAGUCUACCGGUGGAUAGCGGGAUAAAGGUUUAAAGUCAGGAUUAAUACAUUUCCUGGUUCUACAGGGAGAAGAGAGACGGAAGAUUGUAGCCCGUUAAUGACAGCUAAUUAGCGAACUCUGCUGUGGAGACUCUCGGUAUAGCUGGUCACCAUGGCGACAGAUAUCGGCUCGCCACAGCGGUUCUUCCACAUGCCGCGGUUCCAGCACCAGGCACCGCGGCAGGUGUUCUACAAGCGUCCAGACCAGCAGCAAGCCAUGCAGCAGCUGACCUUCGACGGGAAACGCAUGAGGAAGGCCGUGAACCGCAAAACCAUCGACUACAACCCUUCAGUAAUCAGACACCUGGAGAAUCGACUGUGGCAGAGAGAUCACCGAGACUUCAGAGCCGUGCAGCCAGACGCUGCAUGCUACAACGAGCUGGUUCCUCCCGUCGGCAUGCUGAACAACCCGAUGAACGCCGUCACCACAAAGUUUGUCCGAACCUCCACCAACAAAGUCAAGUGUCCCGUAUUUGUGAUCAGGUGGACUCCUGAAGGCCGCCGUCUGGUCACCGGGGCAUCCAGUGGAGAGUUCACUUUGUGGAACGGGCUCACCUUCAACUUUGAGACCAUCCUACAGGCCCAUGACAGUCCUGUAAGGGCAAUGACCUGGUCUCAUAAUGACAUGUGGAUGUUGACGGCGGACCAUGGCGGCUAUGUGAAGUACUGGCAGUCCAACAUGAACAACGUCAAGAUGUUCCAGGCUCACAAGGAGGCCAUUAGAGAAGCCAGUUUCUCUCCCACUGAUAACAAGUUUGCCACGUGCUCAGAUGACGGGACGGUCCGGAUCUGGGACUUCCUGCGCUGCCAUGAGGAGAGAAUCCUCCGAGGUCACGGCGCCGAUGUCAAGUGUGUCGACUGGCAUCCCACCAAAGGGCUGGUGGUGUCGGGCAGCAAAGACAGCCAACAGCCAAUCAAAUUCUGGGACCCCAAGACGGGGCAGAGCCUGGCAACGCUCCACGCCCACAAGAACACAGUGAUGGAGGUGAAGUGGAAUCUGAAUGGUAAUUGGCUGCUAACAGCAUCACGUGACCAUCUGUGUAAACUGUUCGACAUCAGAAACCUGAAGGAGGAACUCCAGGUGUUUAGAGGACACAAGAAGGAGGCCACAGCGGUGGCCUGGCAUCCCGUCCAUGAGGGUCUGUUUGCCAGCGGCGGCUCUGACGGCUCCCUGCUCUUCUGGCACACAGGUGUGGAGAAGGAGGUCGGAGGCAUGGAGAUGGCUCACGAAGGAAUGAUCUGGAGUCUGGCCUGGCAUCCGCUGGGUCACAUCCUGUGUUCAGGCUCCAACGACCACACCAGUAAAUUCUGGACACGGAACCGGCCCGGUGAUAAGAUGAGAGACCGCUACAACUUGAACCUGCUCCCCGGGAUGUCAGAGGACGGCGUGGAGUAUGAUGACGUGGACCUGAACAACGUGGCGUCUAUCCCUGGUAUGGGCAUCCCAGAGCAGCUGAAGGCUGCCAUGGAGCAGGAGCAGAGCAGUAAAGAGGCGGCUCCUGAGGUGGAGAUGUCUAUCCCAGGUCUGGACUGGGGCAUGGACGAGGUGAUGGGCAAGGACACCAAGAAGGUCCCUCAGAAAAAAGUACCAUACGCCAAACCAAUCCCAGCACAGUUCCAACAGGCCUGGGCAGAAAAUAAAGUUCCCAUGAUGCCCCCUGGUGGAGACUUGUCCAAAGAGCGUAAGGUAGAACAGAAAGUGGACCUGAAGAAGAAGACUCAGGCUGAGCUGGAGCAGGAGAUGGCAGCUCUACAGUACACCAACCCCAUGCUGCUGGAGCAGAUGAAGAUGGACCGGAUGAAUCAGGUCAACACUGAUGGGAACAUGGGGCCCCCACAGGGACAGGGCCCUUUGCCCCCUUUCCCUGGUCCUGGAGGUCCCGGGGGCCCGAUGCCUUCCAAUCAGCAGGGCUAUAACAUGGCUCCGCAGCAGAUGUCCAACAACAUGGGUCCCCCCAUGGGCCCUGGAGGAAUGCAGCCCCCGUUCAUGCCCCCUGGACAGAUGGGGCCUCCUUCUGGACCGCAGCCACACCAAGGGCCCCCCCAGGGUAUGAUGGGGCCACCAGACAUGCAAGGACCUCAAGGCAUGCAGAGACACCCAGGCCCUCCCAGAAACAUGGGCCCCCAAGGGCCACAUGGUAUGGGACCCAGAGGGAUGCAGGGGCCUCCUGGUGGGAUGAUGUGCCCCCCACCGCGGGGUAUGGGUCCAAGGGAUCCUCAGGGGCCCCCACCUCAGGGGGGUAUGAUGCCACCUGAGGGGAACAUGAUGGGCCCUCAGGGUUCGAUGCAGGGAGGUAUGAUGGGACCCCCUCCCAGGACACAUGGCAACAAUUUUGGAAUGGGCAAUAUGCAGGGGCCCCCUGGGGGGAUGCAUGGGCCCCCAGGAAACAUGCAAGGACACCAUGGGAACAUGCAGGGGCCCCCAGGAAACAUGCAAGGACCUCAUGGUAACAUGCAGGGUCCACCAGGAAACAUGCAGGGCCCCGCUUAUAUGCAGCACCAGGGCCAAAACUCGGGGCCCAUGAUGCACGGGAUGGGUCAGCAGGGGCCAAACAACAAAGGAGACCCUCGGGGGCCCCCACCAAACCACCACAUGGGCCCCCCAGACCGACAGGGUCCUGGAGAUCAGGGCUCAGGUCCAUACUGGGGGGAUAACCAGCAGGGUUGGCGAGGAGCUCAGGACUUUGACGGAGUACAGGACUUCCACGGCAGAGAGGAGGGCUGGAGAUCUGGACCUGGACAAGGACCAGGCUACCAGGGGGGAGGAGGGGGAAGCCAUCGAGGAGGCGGUCACAGAGGAGGAGGAGGAAACGGGGGGAACUGGGGCCCCGACGAGAGGUUCAGUGGAGGAGAGUUCAGAGGACGGAGAGAUGACAGGUUCAGGGGAGGGGGCCCCGGACGGCCCGGGGGCCGAGGUUACUCUGAAGAGUAUGGGGGGCAGGAGGAAAGCUACGAUGUUCAGGAGGACAUGGGACGUGGCUGGGAGGGUGGGGGAAGAGGGAGACCACCACGAGGGGGGGGUCCACCCCGAGGAGGAGGAGGUCAUGACGGAUAUCGUGAUGGACAGAUGCAUGAUGGGUCUUCCCCAGCGGGUCGUGAGCGCUCCUCGUCCCUUCAGGGGAUGGACAUGGCAUCUCUCCCCCCCCGUAAACGUCCUUGGCAAGAUGGACCAGGAACAGGAGACCCCCGAGAGUCCCCGGGGCCUGAUGGAGGGCGCCCCCCUCAGGACGGCGGAGGUUAUGGUCCUCCUGGUCGGGGUGGACGAGGCAGUUGGGGUCCCGGAGGGCCUGGACCUGGACCGGUCCUUAGGAGAGGAGGACCAACACCCAGAGGACCACCGAGGGGGGGUGGGCGGGGCCGAUAGUCCUGAAAAAAAUCUCCCAGAAUCCCUUUCUCCUCUGGCUGUCUCGUCUCUGCUGCCCACAGACCGACUCAAGUCCAGACCUGAAAAACUCACAAACUGGUCACAUGACUCACAGAGACCCAUGCUGCUGUGAAGGACACUG